GCAUUGCUUUUUCUGUACUGGGAAAGGAAAAAUAGCAAAAGAAUUCUUUUUAUUUUCUUUUUUACUUCAAUACCAACUCCUUGCUUUCUUUCUUUGUUUUUUGUGCAUUGCCCAUUUAUAUCUUCUCUCUUUCUCUCUCAACCUCAUCAUUUGGAAGCUGUUAAAGGCAUGUGCUUGUCCCACUUCCACAAAUUUCAUUACUUUGUUUAGUGUCUUCAACUCUUCAAAGCUUUUCUCUGUACUCAAAUAGAGAAAGGAAAAUGCAAAUCUUUGUAUGAUGUUCAAACCUAAAGUUUCUCAAUUGGCAUGGAAAGGAUAGGACAAACGAUUGGGCUCUCUGUUUUUAAGGCUAUAAGAUUGUAGGAAUUUGAGAAAGAAAAUAUUAGCUAUCGAGAGACACUAUAAUGCCAGUUCCUCUUGCUCCUUAUCCAACACCUCCAGCACCUCAUACACCACCUGCUGCUAAUGGUGUACAGAGUCAGCUUGUGUGUUCUGGAUGCCGAAACCUUCUACUCUACCCCGUUGGAGCAACCUCUGUCUGCUGUGCUGUAUGCAAUGCAGUCACAAUUGUGCCACCUCCUGGCACAGAAAUGGCACAGUUGGUUUGUGGAGGCUGCCACACUUUACUCAUGUACAUCCGCGGAGCAACAAGUGUACAAUGUUCCUGUUGUCACACCAUCAAUCUAGCCUUGGAAGCAAAUCAAGUGGCACAUGUCAACUGUGGGAACUGCAGGAUGCUAUUGAUGUAUCAAUAUGGAGCACGAUCUGUAAAAUGCGCUGUUUGCAAUUUUGUGACAUCAGUUGGGGCUUCAACAAGCACUACUGACCAGAAGUUCAACAGCUGAAGUUAUUAGAAACAGAAGUUAGUGAUUGCAGAUUCCACAGCUUCAGUUUUGCAUAUGAUUUCUGCAUCUCCAGUGACUGCAUCUCGCAGCCAAGCAGAUAAAAAUGACCUUAGUUGCAUGUAUAGAGAGUUCUUUUUUUCAUUUUUCAUUUUUCCCCGUGAUUAAUCAUGAAUUAGCAGUUUUGGCAUUAAUUUUAAGUUAAAUGUAUGCGACUGAAGUACUAUCAUAUGAGAAACUUCCAGAUUGUGUGUGC